GGAAUCAGAGGGAGGAGGAAAUUCUCUCCCUCUUCGCUGGGUUGCGCAAGUAACGAAUCAGCCGACGGCGUUUCCAAUAGCCUUUUUCCCCCACUCCCUCUCUCUCCCAGCUUCCUAUUGCCCGGAUGGUCACAGCCAGGGUGAGGGUUUUUUUUUUCUAGGAACUACGGCAAGCGGCGGGGUCCAACUUGUCCCGGCUUCUCCUUCGAGGCUGUAAGAGGGGCAUCUUAAGCCUGUGCUGCUUCUAACUACGGCAGGCGGCGAGGCCUAAAUCCGUCCCGGUUUCCCCUCUGAGGCUGUGAUUUGGAGCCUCCGCUUUCUCCUCAGCGGUUGCCAGGCGAAGCGAGCGAGAGGGCGGGUCCGGAGAGGGCGGCCCAUGGACCAGCCGGGCCCGGAGCGGAGGAGGCGGCUCGGGGCUCUUCCCUCGUCCGGAUGAAGCCCAGGCCCUGAGGCGGCGCCGCCUCCUCUCCCUUUCCUUCCUCCUCCUGUUCAUCCUUCUCCUCAGGCCUCUCGCCUUUCCUCUCGCCCUUGGCCUGAGGUAGGCGCUUGCCUCCGCCGCCGCCAUGUCGGCCAAGGUGCGCCUGAAGAAGCUGGAGCAGCUGCUGCUGGACGGGCCGCGGCGCCACGAGAGUGUCCUGAGCGUGGAGGCCUUGCUGGACCUCUUGGUUGGCCUUUACACCGAAUGCAGCCGCGACUCGCCGCUCCGGAGGGACAGGCUUGUCUCCGACUUCCUCGAGUGGGCAAAACCAUUUACACAAUUGGUGAAGGAGAUGCAGCUUCAUCGAGAUGACUUUGAAAUCAUAAAAGUCAUUGGUAGGGGUGCAUUUGGUGAGGUUGCAGUUGUUAAAAUGAAGUGCACGGAGCGCAUUUACGCAAUGAAAAUCCUAAAUAAAUGGGAAAUGCUUAAAAGGGCAGAGACUGCUUGCUUUCGAGAAGAGAGAGAUGUUUUGGUGAAUGGAGAUUGCCAGUGGAUUACUACAUUGCACUAUGCCUUUCAGGAUGAAAACUAUUUGUACUUAGUGAUGGACUACUAUGUGGGUGGUGAUUUGCUGACACUACUUAGCAAGUUUGAAGACAAGCUUCCUGAAGAUAUGGCAAGGUUCUACAUUGGUGAAAUGGUUCUUGCUAUACAUUCCAUUCAUCAACUACAUUAUGUGCACAGAGAUAUAAAACCUGAUAAUGUUCUGUUGGAUGUGAAUGGCCAUAUACGCCUGGCGGACUUCGGAUCAUGUUUGAAGAUGAGUGAGGAUGGCACUGUGCAAUCUUCAGUUGCAGUGGGCACACCUGAUUAUAUUUCCCCCGAGAUACUUCAAGCAAUGGAAGAUGGCAUGGGGAAAUAUGGACCUGAAUGUGACUGGUGGUCUCUGGGUGUCUGCAUGUAUGAAAUGUUGUAUGGCGAAACUCCAUUUUAUGCAGAAUCACUGGUGGAAACCUAUGGGAAGAUUAUGAAUCAUGAAGAGAGAUUCCAGUUUCCAUCACAUGUUAGUGACGUUUCUGAAGAUGCAAAAGACCUAAUCCAGCGUCUUAUCUGCAGCAGGGAACGUCGUCUGGGGCAGAAUGGAAUAGAAGAUUUCAAGUCACAUGCCUUUUUUGAAGGACUCAAUUGGGAUAAUAUCCGAAAUCUAGAAGCACCUUACAUUCCAGAUGUUAGCAGUCCUUCUGACACAUCAAACUUUGAUGUGGAUGAUGAUGUUUUAAGAAACCCUGAAAUGAUACCACCUGGUUCUCACACUGGCUUUUCAGGAUUGCAUUUGCCUUUUGUUGGUUUUACCUACACAACUGAAAGCUGUUUUUCAGAUAGAGGUUCAUUCAAGAGUGUGAUGCAGUCCAGCGGUAUAACCAAAGAUGAGGACGUUCAGCGUGACUUGGAAAACAGCUUGCAAAUAGAAGCAUAUGAAAGGAGAAUACGAAGACUGGAGCAGGAGAAGCUAGAACUGAGCAGGAAGUUGCAAGAAUCCACUCAGGCUGUUCAGUCCCUUCAUGGUUCUGGUCGCAUAACAGCAAACACAAACCGGGAUAAAGAAAUAAAAAAGUUAAAUGAGGAAAUUGAACGCUUGAAAAACAAAAUAGCAGAUUCAAAUAGGAUAGAACGGCAGCUUGAAGAUGCAGUGACGCUGCGGCAAGAACAUGAAGAUUCCACUCACAGGUUAAAAGGCCUUGAAAAGCAAUGCAGGAUACUGAGGCAAGAGAAAGAAGACCUUCAUAAGCAACUUGUUGAGGCAUCUGAAAGAUUAAAGGCACAGUCCAAAGAACUGAAGGAUGCCCAUCAACAAAGAAAGCUAGCAAUGCAAGAGUACUCAGAGCUGAAUGAAAGGAUGGCAGACUUACGCUCUCACAAGCAGAAACUCUCUCGACAGCUCCGUGACAAGGAGGAAGAAAUAGAAGUGAUCAUGCAGAAAAUUGACUCCAUGAGACAGGAAAUUCGUAAAUCUGAGAAAGCGAGGAAAGAGCUAGAAGCCCAACUUGAUGAUGCAAUAGCAGAAGCAUCCAAGGAACACAAGCUUCGAGAGCACAGUGAGAUUUUCUGUAAGCAGCUGGAAAAUGAACUGGAAACUCUAAAGUUAAAGCAAGGGGGCCGUGCUGCAGGAAUGGCCAUGCAGGAACAUCAGCAAGAGCUGGCUAAAAUGAAGUCAGAGCUCGAGAAGAAAAUCUUGUUCUAUGAAGAGGAACUGGUCAGGCGAGAAGCAUCCCAUGUCUUGGAAGUAAAAAAUGUGAAAAAAGAAGUGCAUGAUUUAGAAAGCCACCAGCUAGCAUUGCAGAAAGAAAUCAUGAUGUUGAAAGAUAAAUUGGAUAAGGCAAAACGAGAGAAACAUAGUGAAAUGGAAGAAGCAGUAGGAACUCUGAAAGAGAAAUAUGAGCGAGAGAGAACCAUGCUCUUUGAAGAUAAUAAGAAAAUAACAUCUGAAAAUGAAAAGCUUUGUUCCUUUGUGGAUAAACUUACAUCACAAAACAGACAGCUAGAAGAUGAACUUCAGGAUUUGGCAGCAAAGAAGGAAUCUGUUGCCCACUGGGAAGCUCAGAUUGCAGAAAUUAUUCAAUGGGUGAGUGAUGAAAAAGAUGCACGCGGCUAUCUUCAGGCUUUGGCUUCUAAGAUGACAGAAGAACUUGAGUCUUUGAGAAGCUCCAGUCUGGGAUCAAGAACACUGGAUCCUCUUUGGAAAGUAAGACGAAGUCAGAAGCUGGAUAUGUCUGCAAGACUAGAAUUGCAGUCUGCUCUAGAUGCUGAAAUACGUGCCAAGCAGCUAGUCCAGGACGAAUUAAGGAAAGUCAAAGAUGCCAACCUAUCUUUUGAAAGCAAAUUAAAGGAAUCUGAAGUAAAGAAUCAAGAACUCUUGGAAGAAGUUGAAAUUUUAAAGAAGAAACUGGAAGAAAAAUACAGGACUGAUGCAGGUCUUAAACUUUCUGACUUCCAAGAUUCCAUUUUUGAGUACUUCAAUACCUCUCCACUUGCACAUGAUCUGACUUUCAGAACAAAUUCCGUUAGUGAGCAAGAAGCGCCAGGUUCCAAGGCAGAGGUCUCACCAUCAACAUCUAUGACUACAGAACAGCAGCAAGCAGAAUUUUUUGCAAUUCAGGAACCAAUUCGGCUUCAGAGGAUGCCUGCUGCUCCCUCCCCCACCAUUCAGUCCAUUUCUCUAGCUGUACCAAAGCCGAAAGCUCAUCAACUCAAUAUCAAAUCCUUUUCAAGUCCUACGCAGUGCAGCCAUUGCACAUCCCUCAUGGUGGGAUUGAUUAGACAGGGAUAUGCUUGUGAUGUGUGUUCAUUUGCAUGCCAUGUUUCCUGCAAGGAUAGUGCACCACAAGUCUGCCCUAUACCUCCUGAGCAAGCCAAGCGGCCCCUUGGAGUAGAUGUUCAAAGAGGCAUAGGAACAGCUUACAAAGGCUAUGUUAAGGUUCCAAAGCCAACAGGAGUUAAGAAAGGUUGGCAGAGGGCCUAUGCCGUAGUCUGUGACUGUAAACUCUUCCUCUAUGAUGUGCCUGAAGGAAAAUCCACUCAGCCAGGAGUUGUUGCAAGUCAAGUCUUAGAUCUCAGAGAUGAAGAUUUUUGUGUGAGUUCUGUCCUAGCAUCGGAUGUUAUACACGCAACCCGCAAAGAUAUCCCUUGUAUAUUCAGGGUGACAGCUUCUCUCUUAGGCUCACCUUCAAAGACUUGCUCUCUGCUGAUCCUAACAGAAAAUGAGAAUGAAAAGCGAAAAUGGGUUGGAAUCUUAGAGGGGCUGAAAUCUAUUCUGCACAAAAAUAAACUCAAAAACCAAGUUGUACAUAUUCCACAGGAAGCCUAUGACAGUACAUUGCCCCUCAUUAAAACCAGCUUGGCUGCUGCUGUUAUAGAUCGAGAUCGAAUAGCAAUUGGUUCUGAAGAAGGCCUUUAUGUCAUUGAGGUAACCCGUGAUGUGAUUGUCCGAGCUGCUGACUGCAAGAAGGUCUACCAGAUAGAGCUUGCUCCCAAAGAGAAAGUCGUUAUUCUUAUCUGUGGUCGGAAUCAUCAUGUUCAUUUGUAUCCUUGGUCCUCCCUGGAUGGUUCUGAAGGCAGCUUCGAUAUUAAGCUUCCUGAAACUAAAGGUUGUCAGUUUGUUACAACUGGGACACUGAAGAAGACUUCUUCAACUAGUUUAUUUGUGGCAGUCAAGCGGCAAGUUCUGUGCUAUGAAGUUCAUAGGACUAAACCUUUCCAUAAAAAGUUCAAUGAAGUCCAGGCUCCCGGCAAUAUACAGUGGAUGGCAGUUUUCAAAGACAGGCUUUGUGUAGGCUAUCCCUCAGGUUUCUCUCUGUUGAACAUCCAGGGAGAUGGACAGUCUAUAAACCUGGUAAAUCCCAGUGAUCCUUCGCUUGCAUUCCUCUCACAACAGUCUUUUGAUGCCCUUUGUGCUGUGGAGCUCAGCAAUGAAGAAUACCUGCUUUGCUUCAGCCAGUUCGGAGUAUAUGUGGAUGCACAAGGUCGAAGGUCUCGCAUGCAGGAACUAAUGUGGCCUGCAACGCCUGCUGCCUGUAGUUGCAAUUCAUUCUAUUUAACCGUCUACAGUGAAUAUGGUGUUGAUGUUUUUAAUGCAAACACUAUGGAAUGGGUGCAGACUAUCGGCUUAAGAAGGAUCAGACCCUUAAAUGUGACAGGCACAUUGAAUCUCCUUAACUGUGAACUUCCUCGAUUAAUCUAUUUCAAGAACAAGUUUUCGGCAGGAGCUACCCUUAGUGUGCCGGAAACAUCCGACAAUAGCAAAAAGCAAAUGCUUCGUACUAGAAGCAAAAGAAGAUUUGUUUUUAAAGUCCCUGAGGAAGAAAGAUUACAGCAAAGACGAGAGAUGCUUCGAGAUCCUGAGCUCAGAUCCAAGAUGAUUUCUAACCCAACCAAUUUCAACCAUGUGGCUCAUAUGGGACCAGGAGAUGGAAUGCAAGUUCUCAUGGAUCUCCCCUUGAAUGAAUUUCCUUCCCCUUCAUCCUCCCGACACUCUGCUCUGAUAUCACCUCCAACAGGCUUUGAGCACGUCUAUCACAUGAGUCCUAUCUCUGCUGAAAUCUUUCUCCAGAGUGACCAUUCUUCCUCACUGCUUCCCUCUUCUUCCUGUCCCUCCUCUGCUUCUGUAGCCAGGAGCGUCUUACCUCCGUCACAAGAUGAAAAGUCCUGUCCUCCCACAACCAACAUUUCACGCCAACCCCCUCAGAGAAACAAAAGCUACAUUUCAUGGCCAUCAUCAAGUGGCACUGAUCUAGGAGCAGCCAUGCCUUUGCGGAGUAUGUCUGAUCCAGACCAGGAGUUUGACAAAGAGCCUGAUUCAGACUCUACAAAACACUCGACUCCUUCCAACAGCUCUAACCCAAGUGGCCCCCCCAGCCCCAAUUCACCGCAUAGGAAUCAGCUGACAUUAGAUGGAUUGGACCCAUCUGCCUGUGAUGCAUAACGCUAUGGCACCUCCUCCCUGCUUUCUCAUUUGCAAUUAUCCACUGCUCCAUGGAGUAUUCAAGAGCAAGAUGCCUGUCUCCAACAACAGUGCCAAGACUGAUACAGAAGUUCUAGUGUUGCACAAAAGUGAAUAUGGUAUCUAAAUUGUAGACUAGGAUGGGGCGGGGAUUUUAAAAAAUGGAGAAGAAUUCAUUAUAAACUACAAUGGUCAAGUUUUGCUGUCAUUUCUGAUGCAAAACUGUCCAUUCUUAAACUUUUGGUGGAACAAUUUCUGCACAGCCGUGAUAUUAUUGUGGCAUGCGGUAAAGGCCACUGGUAAACAGUCUUCAUAUUUAAACUGAAAAAAUAGAGAAGAGAUGCUGGUAGUUUUACUAUUAUGCAGUGUCAGGAAUAAUAUUUUUCUAUAGGAUGAAGUAAUGUCUUGUUAGCAGGAAAUCCUUUUAGAAAAAAAAAUCAGACCUUUUGGUUAGGAAGUAAAAGCAGACUAGUCACAUCCUUGGCUAAAUAUAUUCUGUUUUUGUUUUUUUCUCAAUGUUGAGGAGAAUGAUAGGAAGUUGUAGGGCCAUUCCCAGCAUCAGUAGAACAUGUCAGAAAGUUGAAAACUGUGGUUAUAGUUUGUGGCCUUUUAACUUAUUUAGCCAUUACAUACAUUCUCAGCUUUGUAAAUGUCUUUCUCCUGGCUUUUUAGACAUGUACAUAAAACUAUUACCAGUAACAUUUUAUCCUUACCCUUCUUUUUUAGAUCUCAUUAGCCAGGGCAGGGCUUUUUUUAUAAAAAAAAAUGAAAUUUAAAUUACUGCUGUGAAACAGGUUUUACUCUGCUUUUCCUGCUAUCCAUCUUCUCAGACAUUUGUGUAAUUUCUCUUGGUUGGCUGGUUGGUUGGCUGAUUGGUUGGUUUCAGUGUAAAGAUUUAACACUACAUUUAAAAAUAAAAUUAGCUAGCUAGCAUUCCUUUGGGAUUGCUCCCCUGAAGGCUGCUCCUAUGAAGGGAUUGUGUAGUUUUUAAAUACAUCAGUCUCUUUUUAUUGUUAACCAAAGUGGAAAAGUUGAAAGGUGUGUAUAUGAGGGUGCCUCAUUGUCUUUUCCUUCCUUCCCCAAUUCAUUGUAUUCUCACCUGCAUGAAGACCCCAUGAUUGCUAAUCAAAAGUAUUGAUAAUGUAGGGAAAAAUGCACAGCACACUCCUGUAUAUUUUGCUAUGGCCCAUGUGCAGCAGUGAUAUAUUGCGUGUAUAUUUAAUCCCAUGCUUCCAUGUAUUAUACAUUUAGUAAUUUUCCCUGCCCCUCCCCUCCAAAAUCGUGAUCAUGUUUCAUUUAAAAGCGUGUAAAUUAAUUCUGUGGCUGGCAUAUCCAGUUUGUCAUUGUCACACUAGUGUGCCUUCUGUGCCAAUUUGAUGACAGUUGGAUGUCAAUUGUUUUAAAAUCUGGUUUCUAUGGGCUAACGCUGUUCCAAUGGCUAAUACUCUUUCCUGAAACACUGUAUAGGAUGUGCACUUAUCUCUCGUUUAAAGCAAGUGAUUCUAGUCAACAUUUAAUCCUGUUACAUUAAGUGUUUGACAAUAUUUGCUCUUUCUUAGAUUCUCGAUCAAUGAAGCUCAGUUUGAGCUGGACACUACUGCUUUUGGGAUUUUCUGAUUUUUACUCUUUUUUUAAAUGUAAGUCUAAAGUCUUUGUAAUUAUUGAAUUGUGAGAACAUUUUUGAACAAUUUACUUGUCAAUAAAGCAGAAGAAGGAAGUUUUAAA